AUGAACUCAACACAUCAAUUCCCCGGUCGCUCGACCGAGUACAACGCAGGGGCUUAUGGUCGCGAUGGCGCACCCGCUCAAAACUUCAUGUCCUCUGUUGCACCUGCUCACCGCCAACCGGGGCCACAACGGCCUAACAUUGCCCCUUCAGAGCGUCCUCUUCCCCCGAUGGAUCGCUUGUCUCCUACAUCACGUUAUGCACCUCAAGCCCCGUCCUCCCACGAUGCCGAAAAUCCAUUCAUUUCUCCUCUUGAUCCCAAGCUGCCUCCCCCCAAAGCGGCCUUCCUCGAGCCGACCUCACCCACCUCACAUACCUUUGAGCCUCACACAUCCGUCGGAUUGAUUCACGGCGAAUCAGAGAAGCCUUCGACAAGAGAAGAUUUCUAUCGUCCCGGUGCCCAAUGGAAAGAUUUGGACCGAGCCAAGCAGCAAGAAUCCAGUAAUUGGCUCAAAAAACAAUCUCAGGCUGGCUCGAAGUUUAAAACGAUCACUUGGAUUGUCGCAGUCAUUGCUCUGGUGAUCAUAGGCGCCCUGAUUGCCAAGAUUGUGACGAAAAAAUCCGAGCCUGUGACAGCCCCAGCGCCACUGAAAUGGGCAAACGGUGCUACACAUGUGCCGACCUUUGGAGCAAACGCCACCACCACAGCCGUCCCAACCGACACCUCGAAAACCGCCAAAACAGCCGCCGCCGAUUCACCAACAAGUAGUUCUGCCUCCACCUCCAAAAUCUCAAGCUCAAAACGACACUUGGUAGUCCUUGAUUGA